AUGGAGUACAGAUCUGGGGCUGGCGAAGCUAGUCAUUCUACCCAGAUCGACACUGCACGGGUCGACGCGUCUGUAGGAGAGGUCCUUAGUGGCAAAUUGCUCGACGUCGACGGGCGUACGUGGGGGGUUGGGAGCAUGCGAACACCAGCAGACAGGCGCCGCCGAGCGGCAGACCGCUGGAUGGCGGACUGCGGUGAGCUCCUUGCCGCUGCCACCAGCAACGACGCCACGCAGAUAAAGUGGACGCGCCGGAGUGCCAGAAGACCGGCGUGCGGCCAUGUGUGCUCAGGAGACCCGCCAGCAGCUUCUGCAAUCCGUCCUCCCCGCCUGCUGGCAAACAGAGACCCGCCACAUGGCUUUUAUUUGGCUUCACAGUGUGAAAAAAAUUUUGUUGUCGCAAUUGCCAUGGUUGAAGUGAAGAGAACUGUCAGAGUGACGACUACACAGCAGAUCCUCAAGGAUAUUCCCCCCGUGCAGGAAGGCUUCCCGAUGCGGGAGUGGGCCAUCCAGAUCUCGCUCGUGGACGACAAGGGCGUGGAACAGCCGGCGACCUUGUUCGAGAAGGUGACCUACCAUCUGCAUCCCACGUUUGCGAAUCCGGUGCGGUCGUUCAAGAAGCCGCCUUUCAGGAUUGAGGAGCAGGGGUGGGGCGGGUUUGACAUCCCCAUCACGCUGACCCUGAUCGAGAAGGGCGGCGAGAAGAAGAUCAACCACGACCUCAAUUUCAUGAAGGAGAAGUACGUUAUCGACACGCCCAUCACGAUCAACACCAACAAGCCUGCGUUGCUGAGCGAGCUGGCCAAGACGGGGUAUGUUCCGAGCGCGAACGAGGCGUCUGCGACGCCGGGGGCUGCAACUCCGGGAGCGACUCCUGCUCCAGCCCAGGCGGCGGGCGCCGCGGCAGCAGCGAAAAGAAAGGCGGGCGCGGUUUCCGACUCGAAAAUGACGAAAAAACUCAAGGGCGCGGCAACCAAGGGCGGCGUCGACCUCGAGCAGCUGGCGGAGUACCUCACGAAGCUGUCCGAGGACGAUCUUCUCGGCGUCGUGCAGAUGAUCAACGAUAAUAAGACCCCCGAGAUGAGCGUCAAGAACGACGUGGAGAACGGCGAGUUCACCAUGGACCUGUUCACUCUGCCAGACACCCUGCUCAAGAGUCUUUGGGAUUACGUCAAAAAGCGGGCCGAGUAG